AUGAAUGUGCCGGUGCAUGGCAACUUCCGGCGCUAUUAUGGCAUGCGUCGCGCACGUGUAGCAGGCACGACCGAUCCUGCACCUGGGCGCGCAGACGAUGUGGAUGAACGAAUCAUCGCUUUGGUCGAGUGGUGUGGCACACAUGCAUCCCUUUUACGGCCUGUGGAGCGAGUACUCGACGUUGGAUGCAAUGCGGCCAAGCCACUCCUGGAGCUGUGCCAGCUCAUGAAGCCGCCACCCUCGUACGCUGAGGGAGUUGACAUUGAUUCGCAACUCGUGAGGCAGGCUCGUUCUGCAUUGCGCCGCGCUUGGUCCCAACGGGAACCGGCUUCAACAGCAGCCUCGGUCGAGGCGAUGCACUACUUUCCCCGAUGCUUUGGCUCGCUUAUGGGCCAGCUUCCCUUGCCACCAUCAGCAUCGCUCGAACCUGGCCCUGCAUUUCCCACAAACAUAUCUUUCAUUGAGGCGGACUGGGUUCGCACUCACAGCGCCAACGCAGACAGUGCGAAUGUCACCGAGAAUUCCAUGUACGACUUGAUUUUGUGCUUCUCACUAAACAAGUGGGUUCAUCUGAACCAGGGAGAUGAAGGCCUCGUUCGCCUCCUUGCUCGCCUUGCAAGCAACUUGCGCACGCGUGGCAUCGUGGCACUGGAGGUGCAGCCGUGGCGUUCGUACAGUCAAGCACGCACACUGUCUCGAGACCUUCGCCGGAAUCAUGCACGCCUGCGCCUCCGACCGGAUGAUAUCGGAUGGAUCUUCUCUCUUUUUGGGCUCGAGUGCCUCGGCCCUAUUGCCCAAGGAACAGGCUAUGGUACGUCAGAUGAAACCGAGCCAUCAUGA